CCAGUGAGGCAGUGACCGGUGACCGGCAAGCAGUUUGAAUUCGGCGCCGGUAGCCUGUGCAACUUCAGCGCUUUUAGUCAGCUUGAGCAGGCUGGUCCCGUCGGCCUGAUUGCAGCUUGACCAACAACUAUCACCAGAUAACCGAAUGAAACUAUGUCCCAUGAAGAUAUCACGAUGACCAUUACCUUUCGUGGGACAUCACACACUGUUUCCCUCCCCAAUGACGCCCCCCUUUCUGUUCUCCACUCCCGUCUCGAGCUCCUCACUUCUGUUCCACCAUCAUUACAGAAACUCAUUUAUAGAGGAAAGAAAUUUCAGCAUCGACAGGAGGACUCAGAUCCAGAACCCACGAUCGUCCAAGCAGGUCUUCGCAAUGGCAUCAAAGUGCAGAUGCUUGGCUCGACAGCAGAAGAACUCGGGCAGCUGAAUGCAGCUGACUCGGCACAUCAGAAGAAAGAGCGAAUCCUUAGAGAGAGGAUGCUGAAGCCACAGGUCAAGCUUCGUUCGACAGGAUCAUCGUCUACUUCUUCACACCAGUACCGCUUUCACCGUAUAGAACCGCUCAGUCAUUUGCCGCGACCUGAAACAGCGACGGAGUGUCUCACGACGCUUUCAAAGGACCCUGCAGUCCUACAUGUCAUGCAGAAGCAUCAUUUUUCUGUGGGCUUGCUUACCGAGCUUGCACCACAUGAGCAUCCGGGACUUCUGGGUCUUAAUGUCGGGAGUGGAGCUACCAUCAAGCUGCGAAUACGGCUUGAUACAUAUGAUGGGUUUCGUCCGUACUUGGAGGUCAGGCGCGUGUUGUGCCAUGAGCUGGCUCACAAUGUGUGGGGCGAACAUAACAAUGAUUUUAAAGAGCUGAAUUCUCAGCUCAACCGCGAGGUUGCAGAAUUUGAGGCUGCAGCAAGAAUAGGAACACAUGAACUUUCUGAUUUACGAGAUACCUAUCAGCCGUCGUCGGAUGAAGAAGUAGAGGCACUUAUUCAUGUUCUGGGAGGAACAGGCCUUCGAGGUAACGAUACCAUGGAAGACCGUCGGAUAAGGGCUGUGGAAGCUGCCACAUUGCGCCUUAGGAAUGAAGAACUAGAACGGAGUUGUGGGACUUCUGGACCGCAGAAGCAAUCUGGAUGAUAGCUGAGUCAAUGUUGAUCAGGCUAGGGAUAGUGGUUUAAAUCUGAUGACGGUUCACUUCUGGGCUAGUAUGCUUGCAUGUGCUCUCGAACCCUGUGGUCCGAGAAUGACAGUCUCGCAUUUUCACCCAAUGAAUUAGAAGGUUGUCAAGCAUUCCUUAUAAUAAAUAUUCGCUCGUGUAACGUAAUUGGCUGACGGGUUUGCACGUAUGAAUAUGCGCU